CGGCGACCGCGCCAUUGUUCGUGGAGCUCCGCAGGAGGCGCCAUGGCCGAGACCGCUCCUGUUGCUGCGCCCGAUGUCGCCGCCGCCCCGACCCCGACCAAGGCGGCCCCCGCCAAGAAGCCGAAGAAGGCGGCGGGCGGCGCCAAAGCCCGCAAGCCCGCGGGCCCCAGCGUCACCGAGCUGAUCACCAAGGCCGUGUCCGCCUCCAAGGAGCGCAAGGGGCUCUCCCUCGCCGCGCUCAAGAAGGCGCUGGCCGCCGGCGGCUACGACGUGGAAAAAAGUAACAGCCGCAUCAAGCUGGGGCUCAAGAGCCUCGUCAGCAAGGGCACCCUGGUGCAGACCAAAGGCACUGGCGCCUCCGGCUCGUUCCGCCUCAGCAAGAAGCCAGGAGAAGCGAAGGAGAAGGCUCCUAGGAAGAGAACGCCCGCAGCCAAGCCCAAGAAACCGGCAGCCAAGAAACCUGCCAGCGCCGCCAAAAAGCCCAAGAAGGCGGUGGCGGUGAAAAAGAGCCCCAAGAAAGCCAAGAAACCAGUGGCCGCAGCCACCAAGAAGGCGGCCAAGAGCCCCAAGAAAGCGACCAAGGCUGCCAAGCCCAAAAAGGCUGUGGCUGUCAAGAGCCCGGCCAAGGCAAAGGCAGUGAAGCCCAAAGCUGCCAAGCCCAAAACGGCCAAACCCAAAGCAACCAAGGCAAAGAAGGCGGCCCCCAAGAAGAAGUAAAUAUCCUAAAACAAGUCCCUCCCCUCUGCUUGGCAGAUAAAACCCAACGGCUCUUUUAAGAGCCACCCAAAUUUUCUCAGAAAGAGCUGAAAUGCUGUUUCUUACAGUUCUCUGUGUGUGGGAUGGAGGUUCGCUUUUUCAGACCGCGGUACAGAUCUCCCUCCCUCCGUUUUCCCCAUCUCCCAGGCAGCUGUCCCCGCGGCAGCACAAUGCACCACGUCCGAGCCGGUGAGCUGAGGAGCCUCACGACGGCCGUACGGAACCGGAGCGAAUCCGGAGGGUUUGUGAGAGUCCGAGCAGCGCUCGCCGGUCCGGCGCUGCGCCGCGGUUGGCGCGCUCUCUGCUCUUUGCUCUCCCCAUCGCGGCGGAUUUCGAAAAGCCCGCGCUGCGUGAACAUUGGCUGCGGCUGGCGAGCUUCUGGGGUGCGCGGGGUUUCCGAGUUGCACAGGCGCUCCGUCUCUACUCUGUCGGGCGGGAAUUCAAGUUUUUCGCUCGGUGGAAGAGUUGUAUGAACUCAACGGGUACGUGCUUGCCUCCUCUGUGUGGGCUUAUUUUACUCCCUGUGCAAUUAUGACCCCAAGAGUCUCGUCUCUCCCCUGGAAAUCGUAGGGCGAGGCUCCGAGCGCAGGACUUGCUCCUGGAGCUCUCCGCAUCGCUUCGGUACCUAAGCUUUUGCCCUCAGAGCCGCAGGGCUCGAUUCUUGUACGGCCGCCGGCAGCGGCUCCGGGCUCACGAGGAGCUCGUGGGGCUCGGAGCAUCCCUGCCUGCACCCAGCUUCACUCCUAUGCGGGCGACUCGACCGCGUCCUCCGCCUUUAGAGUGUUCCCUGCUCUCAGCUGUGCCUGGGGGCUUGAGCGGGGAGAAGGAAAGGAACGGAACGGCUGCUUUGUUUCUAUACGUAGUGCCGGAACCGCUGUUUCCACAGCGGCAAGGAAGCAGUUUCGCAGAUCUGCUCAGCUCUCAAUAAAAAGGGUUGAUUUUAGCUCGUUAGCCCGCAUAUCUGAAGUGACUGACCA